ACUGUCGUGUCAACGUAACUUUAUCCCCAGCAGCAAAGUUCACGUCAUCGUCGUCCGUCGGAAGACUUGAGUCUAAGAAAGGGGCUGCAGCAUGCAUUCUUUGCCCCUUGUGUAGGCAUGAGUGCGCCGACUCUACAUUGCUGGAGAGUCAUCUUGUUAAGGAACACAACGUCGCUUCGGAAGGUCUUCAGCGUCUUAUGUCCAUGGUUGACAUGCCAGCGUCAAUGGCCUCUUCAGAGUCCUUUGUAUCGUCAUUACCAACCCAGCACUCAGCUGUCGACAAAACCACAGCAACAGCUUCUAUAUCCUUAUCGCCAGAAGCGACUCCAUCUGCAAGUGCUGCUUCGAAUUCGGAAGCGGUUUUAUCCAGAAGACCUAGUACACAGACGGUGUCCCAGAGUGAAGCUUUUGUUGACAAUAAUCCAGAACAGAACGGAGACGACCAGAUGUCCUGUUCUGUCCCUAAGCCACUUCUCUCUACUGGACAAUACAACCUGGACACGCUGUUGCCCACCAGGUCACCACCAUCGCCACCAUGCUCAACAGCUCCAGUCACGCCCUUUGCAGCACACGUGACAUCUAGCUCCUCCCUUAUUAGCUCAUCAUCCAGUCAAAACCCGUUGUUGGACAACAAAAUAGCGUUGAUCUUGUCUCACAGUGACGAAGACAAGGAGAUCAAUCUACAGAUCCUUGAAACAGAACAUGCAAAUCUGUUGGCUUCCGAAGGAGUGGACCUGGCUGCUCAGGAGAAACUGGACAAAGAAUACGAAGACUUGUUUCGCUGUCAGACUUGCAGCAAGAGCUUCAGCAACAUUGACCAGUUGUACAGUCACCAGAACGAGCUGGGACACCUGGAGCUGAAGCAGACACCAAGAGGCCCAGGAUAUCUGUGUUGGAAGAAAGGCUGCAAUCAGUACUUCAGAACAGCCUCCACCCUACAGGUUCACUUCAGGGAGAUCCACACCAAAAAAAACUCAGUGGGUAUUCUGUCCCCGCAGGAGUUGGAACUGUACAAAUUCAAAUGUGGGCAGUGUAGUUUUAGCUUCAAAGGCCUGGAGGUCAUGCAGAGACAUACACUUUUUCAUCUGAUGCAGUCGGUGACCCAGUGCAGGGUGUGUUCUAAACAGGCAAACUCUGUGAGCAAAAUGAGGCGGCAUCUGGAAAUAGAACAUGGAGAUAUGAGUCUGGCUGAUAUGACCCAGCAAAUGGAGAGCAUGGAAGCGAAUGCUGUGCUGUUGUUUAGCAGUCCUGUUUAUGAGCAGUUUACUUCCAGACUGCUGCAGGCCGGUGGGAAUAUGCAGUCCAGAAAUGGCAUCUCACAUGCCGAAAAGGUUAUACCAACUCAGGAGAGUUUAGUAAAUGGCUUAGAAAUGAAAGAUAAUGUCGAAAGAGAUGAGGAGUAUAUGGAUGAGAGCGAUGGUGGCCUGGAGCAGAUGUAUAAUGACAAACAGUUUUUUGAAGAUUAUAUGAACAGUCAGUCGAUGGCCGAAGAGCAUUACAAGAGCAGUGAUCGUAAAUUUAAAUGUCACAAAUGUAGAAUGGGAUUUACAAACCAGCGUUACUUGUUUGCUCAUAACAAGACGUCGGUGCACAGGAGGAAUGAGUUUCCAGAUAACUUUGAUGAUCUGCCCAGGCCUUAUAGGUGUGACAUCUGCAAGGAAUCUUUCACACACAAAAAUUUGCUUCUAGUUCAUUAUAAUUCUGUUUCUCAUCUACACAAGAUAAAACAGCAGAGCCAGAUUAAUGGGGACACUUCUCUAGCUUCUUCAGGGUCCCAACUGACACCACCUCUCACAAGUUCCCCAAAGGUGAACUCGCCAUCCGUAACAUCCCUCACAAAUGGAAGCUACAAUGCAUUAUUAGACUCUACCCCUGGAAGCAGUAUCGGCAUUAAGCCGUACAAAUGCAACAUCUGUAAGGUCAGUUACAACAAUCAGCCAAGUAUUGAGAUCCACUUAAGAUCAGUUGGACACAAAACGAAGGCCAGCAAGCUUGGAGAGCUCAUCCAGACUGGACAGGUGGACGUUCAUCAGGCAUUGAUUGAACAUCCAGACCCUAGAACUGCUGGUAAACAGCAGGCUCAAAUCAUUGCUGAUAUGAUUCAUCAACAAGCUACAGCACAAGCGGCAUCCAGUGCUGCUGCUUCUUACUUCAAUAUUCAGGGUAUCAAUGCCAUGACGCAGCUCUCCCUCUUGGGUAUCAUUCCACCCCCUCCAUCUUACAUGAUGACAUCCCAGCAAAAUGCUCUUGCUGCCAUGUCUAAUGCCCAGUUGGAAGCAUACUAUUCCUCCAUCACUUCCCAGUUCUGUAAGGAAGGAAAUCGGUCGGACAGCAGCAAACUUCAGUCCUCACGAGAGUUUGCUAAAGAGAAAUCAGCUAAGACCAGUUCACAUUCUGAGUCAGAGAAAAUCAUCAACAUGAUUAUUAAACAAGAUGGCAAAAUCGAGCCUGCUGGAACUGGAAAUAGAUCUGUGUCAGGAGCAGCCGAAGCUAGAAGCUCAGUGGAGAGUAAAUCAACCAGAAAAGACGACGAUCUGCCUCCAAAUUUCCAUGCCCCAAUAAUUGCCAGGCCACGGGGUUUUAUGGGCAGGUUUAAGCCCCAGCUACAUAGAAGUUUACUGGAAAACUUUGGCUUUGAAUGUGUCAUGCAUUUUAAUGAAGAGCACACUGGCAAACAAAAAGAAACAUGUUCAAGGGAGGAGGAUGUCAGAGAUGAGGAUGAAAAUACAGAGGAGAGGAAAGAAAAAGAUAGUCCCGAUAAAGAUAUAAAAAUUGAAGUAGAUGAUAAUAAUGAUGAAAGCAAGGAUAAAGAAAAUGUAACAAAGGAGGAUGAGCUGAAGGACAAUGAAUCUGAAAUGAAAGAUGAGAGAAAAGAUGAAAACAAAGAGAAUAUAGAUCUACCGGAGCUGAACAAAUGCAAGUGCACAGUUUGUCACAAAGAUUUCUCUAACGUUUGGGUGCUGAAGAACCACGAGGAAGAGGUCCAUAACAAUUUUGUAUCGCCAGAGGUCAUUGAAGAUUUUGGCCAAAAGUUCCGGGAAGGCUGGGAGAAGCAUUUGCCAAAACCUGUUGAACAUGAAACAGUUUCAUUUCCUCAGCCGUCACCAACGCCACCUUCACCUAGUAAUGCAAUACUGGCACCAGAAAAGGUCACACCUUCAGAAAUGCCUCCUCCCCCUCCUCCUCCUUCUUCACAAAUGUCAGCAAACUAUGACAUGUCCCAACUGUUGCCUCUUAUGAGUAUGAACCUCCUCCCAAUGCAUUUGUCUAUGAACCUGGUGAAUCUUGGUCUGCAAAGUUCAUUGAUGCCUUCGCUGAUGAUGUCACCAAUGGAUUUAGGUUCUGGAUUUUUGUCUCAGAUGCCAUCACAGUCACUUGUUGACUCAGCUGGAUCUGUAAGUUCUCAACAACAGCUCCAAGCAGCUGCAGCAGCAGCAGUAGCAGCUCAGAACCAGAAAAGAGUUCGAACCCGUAUCAGUGAUGACCAGCUGAAAGUUUUGCGCCAGUACUUUGACAUCAACAAUUCUCCCAGUGAGGAACAAAUUAAUAAGAUGUCUGACCAGACUGGUCUCCCUCAGAAAGUCAUCAAGCAUUGGUUCCGAAACACUUUGUUCAAGGAAAGGCAGAGAAAUAAGGAUUCCCCAUACAAUUUCAAUAACCCACCUUCAACAUCGAUUGACCUGGAUGAAUAUGACAGGACUGGGAAAAUUCCGGAAAUCAAAAUUGAGCCUGAAGAAGAUGAUGAUGGUGAUACAAACAUGGUAGUAGAUGUGAAAACAGAGAUGCUGGUUCCGGCAGAAGAAAACGCAGAUGAAAAAAUUUUUGAACAGGAUACAGAAAUGUUAGAGAAUAUUCCUCUGAAAAUUGAUUUGUCAGCAAGCGCAGAACACUUUGAUGAGAGGAGGAAAGAUCCAGAAAGCCAUUCCAGUUCCUCAUCACCCUCAAUGUCUUCCAUUCCAUCUACACCUACAGCAUCCGGUCCAACUACACCAACACCGAUGAUCAGCACAAAUCCAAUCAACACUGCAAAUCCUCUCACGUUUUCUCUGGAUGCCUACGCUGCCAACAUAGCCCGACUAGAAGCUGCUACAUUCCAGAGCAUGGGGAAGAGAGCUAACCGAACACGGUUCACCGAUUUCCAGAUAAAGACCCUGCAAGAUUAUUUUGAACGAAAUGCUUACCCGAAAGAUGACGAACUUGAACACUUGUCCAAGAUGUUAGGAUUGAGUGCCAGAGUCAUUGUUGUGUGGUUUCAGAAUGCUCGACAAAAAGCCAGAAAAAUUUAUGAAAAUCAGCCUGUCGCUGAGAGUGUGAAAGACUCUGUGAGUCCAUUCCAGCGAACACCAGGACAAAAUUAUCAGUGCAAGAAAUGCAACUCUGUAUUCCAGCGAUACUACGAACUUAUCAAGCAUCAGAAGAGUUCAUGUGUAGGAGAAUCUAACAAUAACAAACCAAUUCUAUCGCUAACAGAAGAUGAUAGCAACUUCAGCUAUUCCAACGAUGAUUCUAUUAUUUCAGAACGCCAAAGCACUCCCUUGUCAGGGACCAAGGAUAGGGAUGUGCUGCCUCGUUCUCAACCCAUUGAACUAUUAUCUCAGUCAAGAUAUCAGCUCCAAGAAAAUCCCUCAAGAACUCAACCUCAAGAGUUAUUGUCCUCUGCCUCUUCAACAGUUACAACAAAGGUAUCCACCGCAUCUGUAGCACCAGUCACAACAUCACUUUCUUCUUCAUCUUCUUCAUCAUCAUCAUCAGCAGCAGCAGCAGUAUCCUCAUCCAUAGUCCCAUUUUUCACAUGUGACACAUGCAACCUAACAUUCUCCAGGUUUGACAUGUGGCAGGAGCAUCAGAAAGCCCACAGUAUUGCCCCUGCCAUAUACACUCCCUUCUCCUCCAGCUCAGCCUUUGGCAUGCUGCAGACGUUGGCACACCAGGAAGACAAUAAAGCUGCCCUGCCCCUGACUGUCAUGUCCACCGCUUCGUCACUGCUGCCUUCUGUAGCCACCAUGCAUGUGUCGCCGCCAUCCAGUCAGCCAAGUGCCCUGAUCAUGACGCAGGUUCCGACAUCCACAUCACCCACACCUUCGUCUAAGAGGAAAACAGACUCGGAGGAUGAGAGCGGAGAGCAGCCGAGAGACAAGAGGUUGAGAACAACCAUUCUACCUGAACAGCUUGAUUACCUGUACCAACAGUAUCAGAUUGAUUGUAACCCAAGCAGAAAACAGUUGGAGCAUAUUGCCAAUACGGUCAACUUGAAAAAGAGAGUUGUCCAAGUUUGGUUUCAGAACACUCGGGCCAGGGAGAGGAAGGGUCACUACAGAGCUCACCAGCAGCUGAUCAAUAAGAGAUGUCCAUUUUGUAGAGCCUUGUUCCGGGCAAAGUCCGCUUUGGAAUCUCACUUAGCAACAAAACACCCCGAGGAAAUGGCCAAAGGAGAUAUAAACAUUGAUCUAAUUCCAGAUGCAGUAAUCGAACCCCCAGUUAGCCAUGUCCACAGCUCACUCCCAACGUCCUUAGGCCAUGGUCUAUCAUCAGCUCAUACAACAGCUGACUUGAGCAAGCUUCUACCACACGGGGCAGCAUCUACGAUGCCCAACUACAUGGCCUUUUUGUCCUCUGGGGGUCUUAAUCUACCUUUCCCAGGACCUGCCCCAGAAAUGCUUGGACAUCCUUCCUUUGAAGAUCCUUUCUUUAAGAAGUACAUGAGCGAUCUGGCCAGCAGCAUGGUUGCCAGACAAGAGCUUUCAGGGCCACCAUCUCAUAGUUAUUUGUCAGCACCCCCUGCCAUCUCUGCUCACUCUACCCAUAAACCACCAGCUAAUCCAGCAGUAACCAGCUUCAUCUCCACCACACGACCCCUUGAUGCCCACAAACCCCGCAGCACUUCACAACCACCACCACCACCAGCAGUGCCCUCAAGUGAAGAUGCCCCUCUAGAUCUCAGCAAGCCUAUAAAACCUCCAGCCUCUGACACAGUUAAUGAGGUACCUCAGCGCUCAAGUUUCUCCGGCAACUUGGACUUUAAUGAACGACCAGUGGAGAUGGACUACCUCCGACGAUUGAGCAGUAUGGACGACUCAUUUUCUGAAACUCAGUCGGAAAUGGCGGACCAUGAAUACAUGAAUGAUAUCGGAAGCAGCCCACCCUCUCCAUCUCGUUCAAUUAACGGGCCUCAUCACAGCGCAAACUCUUCCUGCGGAGCUGGCAAACGCUACAGGACACAGAUGUCGGCAGUACAGGUGAUAAUUGAACAUACUUUCUUCAUUGACCAUUUUUCUGUUGCCUUCAUUCCACAGGUACAAGAUCAUAUAUUCACAAAGGCUCAUAUUGACAGGGUUAAGGCAUUCCUCAACGCUCAGGGUGAUCGAGACCCUGAGGUAUCUAGCAGCAGCAUUUCUAGUGUACCUCGAUCUCAGGGGAUUCCGAGCGGUAUAAAUGUAAAGGAGAAAUACUUUAAACUUUUAUUGAAACUGUUGCUAACAAUAUGUUGUCCCGCCAUCUCAGGAGAGAGCAGUGGUAAAAAUCAGGAUAAAGAGUCACAGAGGAAAGAGAACAAAUCUGAAGCAUUGAACACAAAGGAUGAACAGCAGCAAGCCCACGCAGCUAUGGAGAUGACAAUGAAUGCCCAGAUGCUUUCAGCUCUCGGAGGCUACAUGCCUGGCCUUGACCCUGCAUACUUGUCCUACAUGUAUGGCGGUCUCCCUGGAUACUUUCCAGGAAUGGGAUUGUCUAUGAUGCAGUCGGGUCUUAUGCCAGAACAUAUGCUAGCCUAUGAUCCACUGGUCUUUGGGACUCCUUUGACUCUACUACAAAUUCCAGGUGCAGCUAUUAAAUCUGUGAGCGACAAGCUCUCUGAAGCUGGAGCCGUGCUGGCUCGUUACACUCAGGACUGUCAGGCAUUAGCUGACCUCCAUAACAUUGUCAGCACAGCAGAUCUCACUGUCGCUGCAGAAGCUACAUUGGAUGUUGGAUACAUCUGUAAGAAAUGUCAAAUGGUGUACCCUGCGAGGGAAUCCUGCAUUGCUCACCAGCGAUCGGUCUGCAUGGCCAGUUCCUCUUCUCUUCCCAAAGGUUUUGAGCCGAUUAUGAAAUUAGAGCAGGUGCAGUAUGAAUGUCGAGCUUGUAACGAGCGCUUCUCCACUAUCAUGGAGUUCAAAAUCCACUGUCAGCAAGAGGCUCAUAAACAGAGGUUAAUGAAGUUCAAGGCCAGAGAAGCAGCAAGACGAGAAGCUGCAGGAUCACCAAGUUCGUCAGCUCCAUAUUCAUCAUCAUCAUCAUCAUCCACUAGUAAAGUCAUUUCUCCUUCUCUGUCGCACCCUGCCAAUCCUUUAACACCCUCACCACUGAAUAACAACAGCAGCAGCCACAAUAACAACCAGGCAACAGCUCCUAAACCGCACGGGAGGGUCAAAACCAGUGUCCACGCUAUCAUCAGCUCACCAGUAUAA